AUGAUUAAGUUGCAAGUGAAAAUUAUUUUAUGGAUUUUCAUAAUUUUGCCAAGAUUUUCAGGCUCGCGGCAAAUUGAAAACAUAAAUUCCAAUUCCAUGAAACUCUUUGCUUUCGAGGAUUUUCUGUAUUACCACAAUUUGAAGCAUGCUCUGGUGGUCUUGACGCUUGAGGAAGAGCACAAAAUUGAAGGCAUUCAGCAUUUGUUGGCCAACUAUUAUGUGCAAUUUUAUAAUUUGAAGAAGCCAAUGAAAUUUGAUGAACUCUUUUAUUACAAUAGUCCACGCACUGGAGUUUUAAUAUUUAAUUAUGAUAAUGAUUACGCGAAACGUUAUAUUUAUAAAAUAGCCUCUGAGAUGGGAUAUUUUAAUAAUACUCAAGCCUGGUUUAUGAUGGGAUCAGGAGGAGCAACCAAUGAGCAAACCAUAAUGGAAAUUCUUAGUGGCUAUAAUAUAAAUAUUGAUGCGGAUAUAACAGUUGCUCUUGAGACUGCUGAUAACAAUUUCACAUAUCAACUGUAUGAUGUCUAUCAAAUUAAUGCUCCUUUAAUAAUAGAAUUCAAGGGAAGUUGGUCCCCCAUUAAAGGUUAUCAACUAUUGAACCACUUUAAGAACACUUGGGUAGUAAGACGUCGAGACUUCUACAAUUUCACUCUACGUGCCAGCACUGCGUUAAUUGAGAAACCCAAAGGCUUGGAUGACAUGUCGUAUUUGGCCAACGACAAGGAACUCUUGCAAUUCGAUCCCAUGCAGCGCAAGACAUAUCAAUUGUUUAAACUCAUCCAGAGUAUGUACAAUCUCAGCUUGGAUAUUGGAUUUACAGACAACUGGGGCCAAAUGCUCAACAAUGGCAGCUGGACUGGUGUAAUGGGUCAAAUAACCAGCCACCAGGCUGACUUUGCCCUCUGUCCGAUGCGUUUUGUAUUAGAUAGGCAAAGUUCAGUGCAAUUUACUCCCAUCUUGCAUACACAAUUCAUUCAUUUUCUAUUCCGGCAUCCACGUCGCAAUAUUGUGCGAAAUAUCUUCUUUGAGCCACUAAGCACUCUGGUCUGGUGGUCUGUUUUGGCAUUGAUUACGUUUAGCACUUUGUUGCUGGUCUUGCAUGUACGUCAAGAGCAUCGCGUCCUCACAGUUGGCGGAGAACAUCAUCAUCGCGUGGAACGCCACUUUGCCUUUGUAUGGUUCACCAUGAUGGACACCUAUUUGCAACAGGGCCCCGACCCUGAAAUGUUUCGCUUGUUCUCAACUCGUAUGCUUAUCAGUGCCAGUUCCAUAUUUGGCUUUAUGCUAAUGCAGUUCUAUGGAGCCUUCAUUGUGGGAUCACUUCUCUCUGACAGUCCGCGGAGUAUUGUUAAUCUGCAGGCAUUGUAUGAUAGUAAUUUGGAUAUUGGCAUGGAGAACAUUUCCUACAAUUUUGUUCUCUUCACCAAUACAUCCAAUCAGCUGGUAAGAGAUGUCUAUAGUAAAAGGAUUUGCCGUAAUCGAGAGCAUAACAUUUUGAGUAUUGAUCAGGGAGCAGAACGUUUAAAACAAGGCGGUUUCGCUUUUCAUGCGGCCAUCGAUCGUAUGUAUAGAUUAUUAAUUGAAUUGCUGGAGGAACAUGAAUUUUGUGAGCUACAAGAGAUCAUGUUCAAUCCUCCAUAUGUGGCGUCUUCGGUGCUGGCCAAAAGUUCACCCUGGCGCGAACAUUUGGCCCAUGCAAUCCUUCAUUUACAAGCCACUGGCCUCAUGCAAUACAAUGACAAAUUGUGGACAGUGCCCAAGCCAGAUUGCAGUCUAUUUAAAGCUGCCCAAGUGGAGGUGGAUCUAGAGCAUUUUGCUCCAGCACUCUUUGCUUUGGCUCUGGUCAUGUUGGCCAGUGGAACUGUCUUUUUGUUGGAGCUUCUGGUAGGUUGGUCCAAGGGCAUGAGAAUUCGUUGCUUUUAA